AUGGCUCCUCAUGCUGGGUUUGAUACAGAUCAGAUUAAAGAUAAAGCGAGGAAGGAUUUAUUAUACUUAUUAGAGGGUGUUCGCGGAAAGAAGAAUCUCGUACUUGAACAGAGUUUGGCUGGUCCACUUGGCGUAAUUGUCAAGUUCUCGACUCUUCAAGAUUACGGUGUCGAUAAGGUCUUCUUUUUGGAGAAUGGCAAUGCAGAUGUUAGCCAGCAGAAUGUCGUGUUCAUUGCUAGGGGAGAGAGUGCGAAGCAUGCUCAAUCAAUAGCUGAUCAUAUCAAGCGCAUGCAGCGAGAGAGCCAGACAGGACAUGAAUUUUCCAUAUUUUGGGUCCCACGAAGAACACUAGUAUCAGAAAAGAUUCUUGAAGAAGCUGGCGUACUGGGUGAUACCAGUAUUGCCGAGUUUCCUCUCUAUUUUCUUCCGCUGGAAAAGGACCUCUUGUCAUUAGAAUUGGACGAAUCAUUCGAAGAUUUAUAUCUACGAAAAGACCCAACGCCGACAUUUCUCCUCGCACGUGCUUUGAUGCUCAUACAACAAAAACAUGGCCUAUUCCCUAGAAUGACUGGGCAGGGUGAUAAUGCGAAAAGACUUGCCGAUCUCCUUUUACGAAUGCGACAAGAAUUGAUCGCGGGCGAAGAUUCCAAUGAAAGCAAUAAACUUGGACUCUCCCCAAGUAACACGGUCGAAAGCCUCAUUAUUAUCGAUCGCGAAAUUGAUUACGCGACCCCUUUACUGACGCAAUUAACAUACGAGGGGUUGAUUGACGAAGCGGUAGGUAUUCAACAUAAUCAAGCAGAUGUGGAUUCAUCUAUUGUGGGGUCCGCUCCUCAAGCCCCCCAAGGGUCCUCGAAAACAGUCGGAGCAGCACCUGUACAAGCCAAAAAGCGGAAAAUAAUACUGGACUCGUCCGAUAAACUUUACUCUCAACUGAGAGAUACCAAUUUUGCCAUUGUUGGACCGCUCCUUAACAAGGUCGCACGACGCCUGAAAGAUGAUUAUGAAAGUAGACAUGGAACAAAAAGCACUGCAGAAUUGAGAGACUUUGUGAACAAGCUUCCAGGUUACCAAGCCGAGCAGCAAAGCUUGAAAAUACACACUGGUUUAGCAGAAGAGAUAAUGAAACAUACUCGUACAGAACAAUUCAGCAAAUUGCUGGAAGUUCAACAAAAUCUGGUCGCCGGUGCCGAUCCUUCUUCGCAGCACGACGCCAUCGAAGAGCUCAUUGCUCGAGAUGCCCCCCUCCCUGAAGUAUUAAGACUUUUGUGCCUGGAAUCAUGCAUCUCUGGUGGUAUCAAACCUCGCGAAUUGGAUACCUUCAAGAAAAUGAUCCUACAAGCGUAUGGGUACCAGCACAUGCUCACCUUGGAUGCUCUGGAGAAAUUGCAAUUACUACUCUCAAGGACAUCUCCAAUGGCAUCAAUGAUUCCUAUGACCGGAGCUGGUGCUCAAGCUGGUGCCAAUACCAAUUAUACUUAUCUGCGAAAACAACUUCGCCUAAUUGUUGAUGAAGUUAACGAGCACGAUCCAAAUGAUAUCGCUUACGUCUACAGUGGUUACGCGCCACUUUCGAUACGCCUUGUUCAAUGCAUAUUACAAAAACAAUAUAUCACUUCGAUGACCAGAGGAGGAAAUGCGAACAAUACUGCGAGUGUGGCUACUGGUGGCUCUUCUCAAGGCUGGCGAGGAUUUGAUGAACCAUUGAAGCAUGUGCGAGGCCAGACCUUCGAUGAAGUACAAAAAGGGGAAGAUAAAGCUGUCAAAGCGAGAGCCCUUCUCACGGGCAAUGGUGAGAAGAAGACUGUUUUUGUUGUAUUCCUAGGGGGAAUAACAUUUACAGAGAUUGCAGCUCUGAGAUUUAUCGCGAAGCAAGAAGAAGCACGGAAGCAAAUCAUUAUAUGCACAACCUCGAUCAUAAAUGGGAAUCGAAUGAUGGAUGUAGCUAUAGAGAAGGACUCGUUGGGCAGGAGUAGUGUGCCGGACCAUUCCAAGGAAGAAGUCACCGGGUUUAGAUCUCCCAGCAUGGCAACCACGAUGGAUGCCCAGAUAAGUCAACAAGAUGACUUAGGUCACGAUACAUUGAUGGGAUUUCAAGAAUUAGAUUCCCAUCUUGCUAUAUUCGAGUCUACGGAGAACCGAAGAGAUUCAUCUACCCCGGGUACUAUAUCUACUCCUGGCUUCGAUGCAACAAUCGACACCAUUGAAACGCAACCUGCUUUUGAGACCUUUGAGCAUACCAUUAUCGUUGAUACCUCGACUGAUCAUUUCCAAUCUGAUAUCAAAUCCCGUGCAAGGGUCAUUAAAGAUCCUAAACCUAGUACUAACGGCGAUAAGAAUAGAGCUGCACGCCAAUUAAAACACGCGUCGGAUGGCAACAUACACCUACAGCCCGAAAGCGCUCGAGACUCUUUAGCCUCUUCAAUGACUACAGAUCAUGAUGAUGGUUCCUCUUCACUGUCCUCAUUGUCAAGCCAUCCUAAUUCUCCAACAGUCGAUAAAAAUCCCGGGGUGGUUACAAAGGCGUCAUCCUUGAGUGGAAAUAGACCGACAUAUAAUGUACGUCCGAAAGAAUCGAUACCUACGGAUGUUCAUCCAGCAGAAUAUGCCAGACAAUGUAUCGCUGCAGCAGAAUCGUCACGACUCAGCCCAUACACUCUACAUUCAGAGGAGUAUCAUAUGUUACGUGGGCAUAUAAGCCAUCAACAGGUCACGACGUAUCUCAAUAUCAGAAAUGGAAUACUCCGGCUCUGGACACGUAAUCCCUCGAUACAUGUAAUGAGAGAUGAAGCUAUUGGUUGUGCAAGAGACGCCCGUUGGUUUGAAACUGCUCGGGUUUGUCACGAAUGGUUAGCUAGGCGUGGUUACAUCAACUAUGGUUGUCUCGAGAACCCAGAGUCCAAGAUAGAUAAAGGCGAGAUGCAAAGAACUGGACCUAGGCGCACCAUCGCUGUCAUUGGAGCUGGUAUGUCUGGCUUAGGUUGCGCUAGGCAAUUAGAAAGCCUCUUUGCCCAAUUCGAACAUCGUUUUCAUGAAAUGGGCGAGGCAUUACCUCGUGUAGUCAUAGUUGAAGGCAGAGACCGAGUUGGUGGAAGAGUUUACUCCCGUCAAUUUGAAUCACGACCAGAAUAUCCAACUCUGUUUCCUGGUAGUCGAUACACUGCAGAAAUGGGCGGCAUGAUUAUUACUGGGUUUGACCGUGGCAAUCCUUUGAAUAUCAUAGUAAGAGGACAACUGGCGCUACCUUAUCAUCCAUUGAAGCCGGAUACCACGAUAUAUGAUGAUGGCCACCCAGUUGACCUCCAACGCGAUCAACAAGCCGAGAAGCUUUUCAACUACAUUCUUGAUCGUGUUGGCGAGUAUAAAUUUAAGAUCCCACUACCGCCUCUUAUUGAUGGUGAUAGAGACCAUUUAGAAGCAGGACGCGAUGGUAAUGGGGAUGGGUCGAGAACAAUCAGUGAGGCUGAGAACAGAGCCAGUAUUGCUCCGCAGUCUGCUGCAAGUGAAAAAUCAUUUGCUGCAGAAGAAAUGGUGCCUGUGGCAUCGGAUAGGCUCACUGGCAGAGCUCAUUUGGAGCCAGGAAUUCCAGCUGUGCAUACUGCUGCUUACAAAGCCCGCGAGAUUGGAUGGCAGCUUAGGGAUGGCAUUGGCAUUGAAUCUGACCUCGACCUUGAACGCUCGACGAGUAAGGAGAAUGCUACACUUGGGUCUGUAUUCGAUGACGCGAUUCGACAAUAUAUGAGAAUGAUUGAUUUCACACCCCUCGAUCUCAGACUUAUCAAUUGGCAUGUUGCAAAUCUUGAAUAUAGUAAUGCGAUUACUUGCAAUAAGUUAAGUCUCGGGGGUUGGGAUCUAGAUGCUGGUAAUGAAUGGGAAGGCAAGCAUACAAUGGUCACAGGGGCUACCAGCAAGUCCCCCGAGAACAAGAUCGAAUUCGAACCAAAAUUACCUUCAUGGAAAACUGGAGCAAUUCAGCGAAUUGGAUAUGGAAUCCUCAAUAAAGUCAUACUGGUCUUCAAAGAGUCUUUCUGGGAUCAAAGCCGGGAUAUCUUUGGGACCCUUCGUAAUCCCCCCAACAAGUCCAGUUUGGAACAAGGAGAAUACUUCACACACAGAGGAAGAUUUUUUCAGUGGUUCAAUUGCACCAAUACUUCCGGGGUGCCAACUCUGUUAGCUCUCAUGGCUGGCGAUGCAGCAUUUUACACGGAGAAGACCUCAAAUGAAGAAUUGGUAACUGAGGCUACAACCGUUCUACGAGGAGUUUUCGGUGAUCACAUUCCUUUGCCUGUAGAGUCAAUUGUUACACGUUGGGGUCAAGACCAAUUCUCUCGCGGCAGUUACUCUUACACAGGGCCAAAUUUUCAAAGUGAUGAUUAUGGGGUUAUGGCAAAGCCUGUUGGCAAUCUCUUCUUUGGUGGAGAGCACACUUGUGGUACACAUCCAGCCACUGUUCAUGGAGCUUACAUCUCGGGUCUCAGGGCAGCCUCCGAGGUAUUAGAGUCUAUCAUUGGACCAAUAGAAAUACCAGAACGUCUUGUUCCACCCAAAGAGUCAGCGUCAAAGAGAAAGGCCGAGGCCAUUGAAGUGCCCAAGGAUCCAAAGCAAGCUCGUCUCGAGGCGUAUGAAAUCGAAAUAUGGAAUGCGAUAUAUGCCAAGCUUGGUGAUCGACCUUGGAAGCCUUCAAAGAACCACUCUAAUUCCUAUCAAAUGUACAGUAAGGAUACGUGGGAGGAAGCCAAAAGGAAAUGCGAGGAAGGACGACGACCAGGGAAAGGUAAACCGAUCACCAAUGAAGUUAAGAAAAUGAUCACAAAAAUGUGGAAUGAAGCUCCAGAGGAUGUAAAGAAACCUUAUAUUGACAAAGCUCUCGAACGAAAGCAAAUUUAUCAAGAAGCUGUUACGGAAUAUAAUAUAAAGUCGGCAAAAUGGGAUAAAGAUGCUUGGGAUUUUCGAUUACAAUACGAAAAGGAUCACCCAAGCUUACCGGGUCCAGACGAAGAUAUUGGUAGCCCUUGGAGACGGGAUAGAAGAGCUAAGAGAACGAGUGGUUAUGCUGAAGAUUCUGAAUCGGAACUGGAUUUGUAA